CUCUCUCUCUCUCUGCUUGCCCUGCCCUCUCACACUGAACCUGUUCCUCUUGUGAAAUUCAGGAAGUGAGCUGAAAGUUUUCCGAAUCCUGCUGUGUCACAGCAGCCUCCGUUGCCUUGUCCCGAAGCCUCCAAGUGAGGCCCACUCGCCCAGGCUCCACUCGCCUUCCUUGCGGCCUUCCGCAGCUUCACACCCAGCCAGGCUUCGUCGCCAACAGGGAACGAUGGCUAACCAGGGCCCCAAGUACGGAUUCAGCCGACAGGUGCAGCAGAAGAUCGACCAGAAGUACGACAGCGAGCUGGAGGAGCUGCUGGUCCGCUGGAUCCUGAUCCAGUGCGAGGGCGAGACUCCGGGCGGGAAAGAAAUCCAGCGACCGGCGAGCGGCAAGUCCGGCUUCCACCAGUGGCUGAAGGACGGCUCGGUCCUGUGCCACCUCAUCAACAGCCUGCACCCUGCGGAGCGGCGCCCCAUCAGGAGGAUCCAGGUGUCUGAACGGGCCUUCACCCAGAUGGAGCAGAUCUCCCAGUUCCUCAAGGCCCUCACUGACUACGGGCUGACAGCCACCGACCUCUUCCAGACCGUGGACCUGUGGGAAGCUAAGAAUCUCGCAGCCGUCCAACAGUCUCUGAUGGCCCUCGGGGGGAAGGCGAUCUCCAAGGACGAUGGUUACUUCCGGGGUGACCCGAGCUGGUUCCCACGGAAAGCGGCGCAGAAUCCUCGCGCGUUCACUGAGGAGCAGAUGCGACAGGGCCAGUCCAUCAUCGGGCUGCAAAUGGGAUCGAAUCAGGGGGCGUCCCAGGCUGGGAUGAACCCCUCGGGAUUGAGCCGGCAAAUAUUGUGACCCGGGAGGUGGAAUGGUGCGGGAGGGGCAGCUCCUGUUCCCCAAUCACGGGGUCUGCUUCACUGAAUAAAGACAUGGCGUAUUCAUUCUA